UGGAGACGGUGGACUGGGCGGAUGGGUGGUGAUGAUGCUCCUCCUCCGAGCUACUUAACACCAUGGCUUUGAUCUGGCCCGGCACUCACUCCUUCUGUCCUGUCUGCUCACUGAACAGCUGAGACUGAGACUGGGCUGUGUUAUCUGAUCUGGGUCCAGACUGGGAGAAAGAGGAUAAGAGAGAGAAGAGGAGGAGAAGAUGUCUACAGGCUGUGGCUGUGUGAGGUCGCCCCCGGAGACAGCGGAACACAGACUGACGGGUGGACAGGAGCACCACUAUCAGAUGGUGGAGCCUGUGAGGACCCUGCUAGAGGAGGGGGCAGGGAUGACCAGAGCUGUGCGGGGGAAACACUGUCCUGAGGCAGUGCACCCCGAGGAGCAGCCAGAUGAGCAGGAACUGAAGAAACCACGCAGGAAAGACACGCCCGUCCUCAACACUCCUCCACUCAUACCAGGUGUGAGGAUGGUGAAAGGAGAGAAGAGAAUGAUUCACAUGGAGGAUGAAGAGAAGGAUGGAAAGAACUAGAAGUCAUUGGAGGAGAGAUUCUUGCCUACAAUUUUCUGUUGUUGACAUCGUUGUUUCCUGUUGUCACAUUACUAAUAUGUAGCCUAUACAUGUUUAUUAAAAGUAGCUCUACAAUGUGUGGCUGUUAUCUUUCAUAAACAAGGUAUAAAGAUGUUGUCAAUGCAUGCAUUCAAUAUAAUAUACUGUAUCUAGCCAAAGGUUGCACCGUGGCCAUUACAAUGUAGAAAAUAGCAUAUAUCUUAUGGGAGAUGCCAAAACGUUGGAGAAAACAAUAGAAUGCAAAGUCAAAGUUACUGGUUUCCAUCUGUGGCAAAGUUUUCCCUAAAUGGUUAUGUCAAAUCCAGCUCCGGAACCAGCCUAGCCAGCUGGCUAUUCUUUUGAAUAUGGUGCAGUUAAAAAAAACCCAGCAACAACAGAUGUUGCUAGCUAGCUAGCUAAGGUUAGCAUGCUAGCUAUCUACACUGACAGCUGUCAGUUCCCUAUUUGUUGACGUUUCUCCAGCCCACGUCGAAAUCACCAUGACGUUCUUUCCCACCCCCAAUUCUAAAACAUGUAUAAGUAGCCUGCCUCAUUCAUCAGAGGUGCAACCUAAACAAGCAUUCUUGCUCUAGGGCAGAGAGGAAGAGGCAAAGCGAGAGGUUUUAAUCUGCCCAAAUCUGUUUGUGUAAAUAAGCCUACGAACUGAAUAACUUUUGUAUGGAAGUCAAUAAGAGUAUCAAAUUUGGACAACAAAAAAUGUAAUCGCUA